CGGCCACCCCACGGACGCCGGGGACGCUCUUCUGGGCCCAUUUCAGGGCCGCGCGUCGGGCUCGCAACAACGGCGUCCAGCUGGCCUGAGGCGCAGGGGUGGGGCUCACGUCGUCGGACGGUUGCUUGGAUUAUUUUCGAUUGAUUUCCGAACCUUCAGGAAGCAGACACGCUCCCCUUCCUUCUUAAGAGAUGAUGGGGCGGCAGCCAACGAAGGCCCGAAGCCGCCUCCUUUUCUGGGUGGGGAGCUAGGAGAUGCUCAGGAGGGACCUCCCCGAUUCUGAGCAUCAUUUUUGGCAGGAGGCUACAUAUGAGCAGUAAUUGAAAUUCAUCAUUCUAAUGUGCAGAUUAUGUCAGUACGGAUGCUACGAUAGAACAACUAAAAAAUGACAGAAAUGGUUUCACUGUUUUUAAACUCUGGGAGCCUACUCCUUUAAGAGAUUGGGCGCCAAUCCCACCUGGUCCCCGGGUGCCUUGCGCUGCUCGCCGACCCCCCCCCCUCCCAACUGGCGUCCCAGAGCUCCCUGCGCGGCGGUUUCACUUCCGGCGGGCUACGUGCGCGCGGCGAGCGACGGGCGUACUUUUGCGUGGUUGCUCCACCCCCUCAGCCUUACCUUCGCCGCCGUUGGGGCUGGAAGUUGUCGCCAGGUCGGUGCCGGGCUAGAGAGAUGUUCCCCGGCCCGCCUCGGCUUUGAGGCAAGAGCAGUGUCCCAGAGCCCUUUCAUCUUGCUGACGGCGUCGAGCCCCGGGCAGACAUGUCCACAGGGUUCUCCUUCGGGUCCGGGACUCUGGGCUCCACCACCGUGGCCGCAGGCGGGACCGGCACGGGCGGCGGUUUCUCCUUCGGAACGGGAGCGUCUAGCAACCCUUCUGUGGGGCUCAAUUUUGGAAAUCUUGGAAGUACUGCAACUCCAGCAACUACAUCUGCUCCUUCAAGUGGUUUUGGAACCGGGCUCUUUGGAUCUAAACCUGCCACUGGGUUCACUCUAGGAGGAACAAAUACAGGAAUAGCAACAACUAUAACUACAGGAUUAACUCUGGGAACGCCAGCCACUACAUCUGCAGCUACAACAGGCUUCAGUUUAGGAUUCAACAAACCUGCAGCAUCUGCCACACCAUUUGCUCUACCUAUUGCUUCUACCUCAGCUAGCGGUCUGACUCUUUCGUCUGCUCUGACAUCAACUCCAGCAGCAUCCACAGGAUUUACUCUAAAUAAUUUGGGUGGGACAACAGCCACCACUACAACUGCAUCAACAGGCCUCUCUUUAGGGGGAGCCUUAGCUGGUUUGGGAGGUUCACUUUUCCAGAGUACAAACACAGGAACAUCAGGACUUGGACAGAAUGCUUUAGGGUUGACUUUGGGAACUACAGCAGCUACUUCAACUGCAGGCAAUGAAGGCCUUGGUGGUAUAGAUUUCAGUAGCUCCUCAGAUAAAAAGAGUGAUAAAACGGGAACAAGACCAGAGGAUAGUAAAGCUCUGAAGGAUGAAAAUCUACCUCCUGUCAUCUGCCAGGAUGUUGAAAAUCUCCAGAAAUUUGUGAAGGAGCAGAAACAAGUUCAAGAAGAAAUUAGUAGAAUGUCUUCAAAAGCAAUGCUUAAGGUACAAGAAGAUAUUAAAGCUCUGAAGCAGCUCCUGUCAUUGGCUGCCAGUGGAAUACAGAGAAAUACUCUCAACAUUGACAAAUUGAAAAUAGAAACUGCUCAGGAGUUAAAGAACGCUGAAAUCGCUUUAAGAACCCAGAAGACACCACCUGGACUUCAACAUGAAUAUGCAGCUCCUGCUGACUACUUCAGAAUCUUGGUUCAGCAAUUUGAGGUACAACUUCAGCAGUACAGGCAGCAGAUUGAAGAACUAGAAAACCAUCUUGCCACUCAAGCAAAUAAUUCACAUAUAACCCCUCAAGAUUUGUCAAUGGCUAUGCAGAAAAUUUAUCAAACAUUUGUAGCUUUAGCGGCACAACUUCAGUCUAUUCAUGAAAACGUAAAGGUUCUGAAAGAACAGUACCUUGGCUACAGGAAAAUGUUCUUGGGAGAUGCUGUUGAUGUGUUUGAAACAAGGCGAGCCGAAGCCAAGAAGUGGCAGAACACACCCAGAGUUACUACUGGACCCACCCCUUUCAGCACCAUGCCAAACGCAGCAGCCGUUGCCAUGGCUGCAACACUUACACAGCAGCAACAGCCUGCUACAGGGCCACAGCCAUCUCUGGGAGUUAGUUUUGGAACGCCAUUCGGCUCAGGCAUUGGCACUGGCUUGCAAUCAAGUGGCUUAGGUUCUUCAAACCUUGGAGGAUUUGGAACUAGCUCUGGUUUUGGAUGCAGCACCACAGGGGCCUCCACAUUUGGAUUUGGAACAACAAAUAAACCCUCAGGAAGUCUUAGUGCAGGCUUUGGCAGCUCAAGUACAUCUGGGUUUAACUUCAGCAAUCCUGGCAUCACGGCAUCAGCUGGUUUGACUUUUGGGGUGUCCAAUCCUGCCUCUGCAGGUUUUGGAACAGGAGGACAACUCCUUCAGUUGAAGAAACCUCCAGCUGGAAACAAAAGAGGAAAAAGAUAAACAUGGGUUGAUGUGUUGAGAGAAUCCAUAACAGCACCGUUCAUUCUAUGAGUCUAUUUUUCUAAUGAUGCAGUAAUUAAAUUGCAUCCCAGGAGAUUUAUAAAAUUUUGAUAUUUUUCCCUACUCUGGAAUUUGAACUUUCUUCAUGUUUGCCAUACUGAACAUCUUUUUUCUUGUGAAUUUAAAGUCCAGUUGUGUUUCCUUUUUAGUUUGAUUCUCAGUGUAAGAAAUGUUCUCAUUACAUCAGUGAUUGAUAAUGGUUAGAAACCAUUAACCUAAUACUAUUUAACCUAGUGUUUUUGUUGAUGAGGUUUACAUUAUGUGAAUACAUGCACAUUUGUUUCUUAUACAGAUGGUGUGAACUCUAGGGCCUAUACUAGAAUCAAUUUGUUCCUUGAUAAAGGCCUUUUGAAUUACACUGCAGGGCAUCUUGUGAAUAUGUAUGUAAAUAUUUACAGAAUAAUACACACAGUUGUGUGUGCAUAUAGAAUAUAUUUACGCCGGGUAUGGUGGCUCACGCCUGUAAUCCCAGCAUUUUGGGAGGCGGAGGCAGGUGGAUCACCUGAGGUCAGGAGUUCGAGACCAGCCUGACUAACAUGGUGAAACCCCAUCUCUACUAAAAAUACAAAAAUUAGCCAGGCAUAGUGGCAGGCGCCUAUAAUAUAAUCCCAGCUACUCAGGAGGCUGAGGCACGAGAAUCGCUUGAACCCGGGAGGUGGAGGUUGCAGUGAGCUGAGAUCGCACCACUGCCCUCCAGCCUGGACAAUAAGAGCAGAACUCUGUCUUCAAAAAAAUGAAAAUAAAAUAUAUAUUUACAGGCCUACAACUUUUGCCUCAGACUGUUCCCCUUUUCUAAGGGUAUUCAAGUUUUCACCUUUAAAGCUUCAUAUCCUCAGUGCUUGUAGAAUGAUGAGCUAGAGGUACCAGGUCAUUGCAGUUGUUUGCUUAAAGACUUAUUGAAAUGGUUACUGGCGUAAAUACUUGGCCAACUCAACUUUAUUGCCCCGGCCUUUUCCAUUUUUGUUUCCACCUUAACCUGUAGCAGCCCCUCCAAAUGAGGAAUGCUGUAAGACUCAUCAAACAGAUUUUAACAAUUUUAUUAUCCUGUGUGUCCUUAUUUGCUUCUGUGAGAUGUUUUUUUCUUACCUGAGAUGAACUUUCAGGAGCAUAUUUGAACUCCAGACUGGUGUUCUGGGGCAAAGAGCUAUUAGCCAAACUGAUUCUAUGCAGGUGAAGGAUGCACUAAAGUUCUCACUUUAGUGAGACCUUUUCUAGCUAUUCCAAUACAGAGUUCUUUCUUAUAGGGCUAUUGAUAUUGACACCAAAUGGAGUGGCUUCUCAGCCUCUUAAUGUCUUAAGUAAGUGCUUAAUUUGGAAUAGAGAAACCAGUAUAUUUUAAACAAGAAAAUUAUUCUUUGUAGCAACUGUAAAUUCUCCCAUUAUAACAGUGAACAGAGCUCCAGGUAAUAAUGCAUAGGCAUGUCAGGUUGCAUCUGUGUAUUUGACUACAUUAGUAUUAGUAUUAGUGACGUCAGGUGGAUAUAAAAGAAAACCCUUGGAAAGAGAACUGCCUUAGCCAUGAUUUCAGAGAGAAACCAUUAGUAGACCUAUUUAUGAUUCAAUUACAGUUUUCAGAUAGGAUGUGAACAUGGAAUUUCAUUGAAAAUAGUUUAAUUUUUUAUAUAAAAGGUUUUGUAUAUAAUGUGUGUCAGUGACUAUUUUCAAAAUCAUUUUCAUCAAGACACCUUUUUUCUAAAAUAGGCAUUGCAUACACGCACAUGUACGUGCUCACGCACACACAUUUUUUGUAUAAUGUUGGGUUUGAUUGUAAAAGUGUUGUCAAAUCUGUUUUAUUUAUCUGCAUAUAGCAGUGAUUGGCUUUUUUGAAUUGAAAUUUUUGUGCAUUGAUGCAUUGAAAUAAGGAAAAUUAUUUAUCUCUGAGCAGUAAGCUUAUUUUUGCAUAUUUCUGUAAUAUUGCAAUUCCCAGAUCCAGAUCGUGGGAAGUUAGGGAAAAGGUGUGAUUUUGUGUUUUGAAUUACUGUCAGAAUUACAUACACAAUUACAAUAAACUUUUUUUAAAAGACAUUUCAUUGUACUGCAGAAAUCUGAAUAUUUAUAUUUCUUGUUUUUUUCUUUAUAUAUUUUGCAUUUUAAUAUGUUGAGCCACUGGAAAUUUGUAAGAUUAAUUUGUUAUAGGAGUUUAAAUGUGUUGUCAUUGUCUCCAUUGUCUUUGUCCAGAGCCUAUUAUUAUGGAAACAAUAAAAUUUAUUGUGUCAGUU